AUGGGCAACAGCAGGGCUUUGCCCUCAGUGUGCAAAAAAGCCGAACUGCAGAGUCAGCACCACCAAGGAGACAGCCUGCAGGACCCAAGGCAAUGGCUGGCGGGGAGCACAGACAGUGGAGUCGUGCCAGACUUUCUGCUCCUCUGUCUGCCAGGAACCCACCGCAGGAUCAACCUGAUGGAGUUCUUGCCUGGUCCACGGAGGUACUUGGGCAGCAGCAGCCCACAGCCAGACACCUGCUGGGCUGGGCUUGACCCAGUCAGUGACCAGCCUUUGAACCACCGUGGUGCCUCCCGUCAACCCAAAGCCCGCAGCCCCCUGGAGACCUUCAAAAAAGUGGGAGUUCCCAUCAUCGCAGCGUUGCUGAGCCUGGCCACCAUCGUCAUUGUGGCUAUCCUCAUCAAGGUGAUACUGGACAAGUACUACUUCCUCUGCCAGCCUUUGCACUUCAUCCCCCGGAGGCUGGUGUGUGAUGGCCAGCAAGACUGUGCCUCAGGGGAAGAUGAGCAGCAGUGUGUGGAGAACUUCGCUUAUGAAGGCUCUUCUGUGGCAGUCCGCCUCUCCAAGGACAGAUCUACACUACAGGUGCUGGAUACCCCCACCGGAAACUGGGUCUCUGUCUGCUUCGACAACUUCACAGAAGCUCUAGCCAAGACAGCCUGUGGGCAGAUGGGCUACGACAGUAAACCCACCUUCCAGGGUGUGGAGAUCCGCCCUGACCAGAGACUGGAUGUUAUGAGCGUCACAGGAGACCAUGGAGAACUUCAGGUGGGAAACAACAGUGGACCCUGUGUCUCUGGCUCCCUGGUGUCCCUGCAGUGUCUGGCCUGCGGGGAGAGUCUGAAGGCCCCACGUGUGGUGGGCGGGGAGAAGGCCUCAGUGGACUCCUGGCCUUGGCAGGUCAGCAUCCAGUAUGACAAGCAGCACGUCUGUGGGGGGAGUGUCCUUGACCCCCACUGGAUUCUCACAGCUGCCCACUGCUUCCGGAAGCAUCUUGACGUGUCCAACUGGAAGGUGCGGGCUGGCUCAGAUCAGCUGGGCAACUUUCCCUCCCUGCCAGUGUCCAAGAUCCUCGUCAUCCCUCACAAUGCCUCGUACCCCAAGGAAAAGGACAUUGCCCUGGUGAAGCUGGAGUUGCCCCUCAUAUUCUCUGGCACAGUCAGGCCCAUCUGCCUGCCUUUUUUCGAUGAAGAGCUCAUGCCUGGCACCCCACUCUGGGUCAUUGGAUGGGGCUUUACAGAGCCAGAUGGAGGGAAGAUGUCUGACUCAUUGCUGCAGGCGUCAAUCAAGGUGAUUGACAGCACACGCUGCAAUGCUGAGGAUGCAUAUCAGGGAGAAGUGACUGAGAAGAUGCUAUGUGCGGGCAUCCUAGAGGGCGGUGUGGACACCUGCCAGGGUGACAGCGGUGGACCCCUGAUGUAUCACUCUAGCCAAUGGCAAGUGGUGGGUAUUGUAAGCUGGGGUCACGGCUGUGGGGGCCCGAGCACCCCUGGAGUGUAUACCAAGGUGACAUCUUUUCUUGACUGGAUCUACAGUGUCCGGAAGCUUCCCCCUGGCCUGGCCAUCUGGAGGUCCCACCAGCACUGCACACAAAGCAAGAGCUGCCAUGGCCCGUCUCUGUGCAACAGCCUGUCAGGAUUCCUCAACACAGCACAAGAUUCCUUAAGAGACUUCACAGCCCACUGGCUCUCUGGAAUGAGUGGGCAACCAGGCCCCGCCACCCCUGGGCUGAAGCACCACAAUGAGGUGGGGGACACCCAGCCCCCUGAACCAGGCAGCCUUAAGCUCAGGAGCUCGAAGAAUGUGGCUAAGCUGAGAAGGAACUUGGUAGCUAUGCUGGGUGGAAAUAAACACUGUGGAGAGUUGGAGCAAGCUGGGGCAGGCCUGGAGGAGGGAGGAAUGCCAGGCCUGGUCUCUUUCCAGAAAAGGGACUCAAAGAGACUCCCAGAUGUCACAGUCAGCAUGGCUGCCUGCACCUGGGACUUCCAAGGACAUCAGCCCUGA